UAUGAUACGUACCGUGGUGUGGUGGGGAGCAGCCGGACUGUUCAGCGCCACCUACUCUCGCAACAUCAUGAGACUCCCACUCUUCUACAAACCACAACUACACUUCGCUCUCACAGCUGCCGGGUGUUUGAUUGGUUCCUACUGCUCUAAAACAGAGGAUAGGUUCAACCUUUGGGUUAACCACAUCUACGAGGUACCAGAAGAUGCCCCACUCUGGAUUCAGCGCAAACUGAAAGCGAGGGUAGACAAAGUGGACCUGUUAAACAAGAUAGCUGAGGAGCUGCCGGAGGAGAUGAAGAUGACUCCUUACUGGGAGAAACGUUUAGAAACAGCCAUGGCUGGAAACAAAUGAGCGUAGUGAUUAAGUUAUAAUUUGGGGAGCUGAUUAUACUGACUGUGAUAUGAGAUUAGGUUGAUUAAAUAGUAAACACAGUGUUACGAAACGACUGAUUGUUCAGGUCGACAAAUCUUAAGAUUCAUUAUGUUAUCGUGUUUUCGAUCAUACUUGCAUUUGCAUAUCUUUUUGAUGUCCUGAUGCUUUUAAAGCUUCAAUAGUUCAACUUCAAGAGUACUAUUUUCUUGGUCUAGUGACGAAUUCUUACUUAUUAUUUAUUAUAGUUCCACUCUAUGUAAGAGUUCCCAAGUUAUGAAACGUUUUAUUGAAAUCGAUCCUCACAUCUUGAAAAUUGUCGAAUGAAUUUCUUAAAUAGAUUAAAAAUCAUUUUAUGAUUUCACACCCUUUUCGAAUA